AUGUUCGCCGCUUCUCGUAUCCAGCGCCGUGCUUUCUCCGCUACCGCCCGGGACCUUUCCAAGGUCACCGUUCUCGGUGCGGCCGGCGGUAUCGGCCAGCCUCUCUCUCUCCUCCUCAAGAUGAACCCCCGCGUCACUGACCUCGCCCUCUACGAUAUCCGUGGCGGACCCGGUGUUGCUGCUGACAUCUCCCACGUCAACACCAAGUCCAAGGUCAAGGGCUACGAGCCCAACGCCGCUGGCCUCAAGGAGGCUCUCCAGGGUGCUGAGGUUGUCCUCAUCCCCGCUGGUGUUCCCCGCAAGCCCGGCAUGACCCGUGACGAUCUUUUCAACACCAACGCUUCCAUCGUCCGUGAUCUCGCCAAGGCCGCUGCCGAGGCUGCCCCCAAGGCCAAGCUCCUGAUCAUCGCCAACCCCGUCAACUCCACCGUCCCCAUCGUCAAGGAGGUCUUCAAGGCUGCCGGUGUCUACAACCCCAAGACCCUCUUCGGUGUCACCACCCUCGAUGUUGUCCGUGCUUCCCGAUUCGUUUCCGAGAUCAAGGGCACCGACCCCAAGGAUGAGAACAUCACCGUCGUUGGUGGUCACUCUGGUGUCACCAUCGUCCCUCUCUUCUCUCAGUCCAACCACCCCGACCUCUCCUCCGACGCUGAGCUCGUCAAGCGUGUCCAGUUCGGUGGUGACGAGGUUGUCAAGGCCAAGGACGGUGCUGGCUCUGCCACUCUCUCCAUGGCUAUGGCCGGUGCCCGCAUGGCUGACUCCGUCCUCCGCGCCGUCCAGGGCGAGAAGGGUGUUACUGAGCCCGCUUUCGUCGAGUCUCCUCUCUACAAGGACCAGGGCAUUGACUUCUUCAGCUCCCAGGUCGAGCUCGGCCCCGAGGGUGUUGAGAAGAUUCACCCUCUCGGCAAGCUCGACGCCAACGAGGAGAAGCUCGUUGACGCCGCUCUCGUCGACCUCAAGAAGAACAUCGAGAAGGGUGUUGCCUUCGUUGCCUCCAACCCCGCCAAAUAA